AAGCACAGUGAUCCAUUGAACCAGAGUCCUUUCUCUCUCUUAAUUACUCAUAGUCCCUGUCUUUUUCUCCUUUUUCUCCUCAUUUCUUUCAUCCUUAAGAUUAUUUGCUUGGGGUAAUUAUUUAGAAGAGAAUAAAACCAGCUGAUCGGGAGAGGGGUGGUGCAUUUUGGAGCGAGAUGGCUAACAGAAACAUUCUGUUGCUCUUCUUGGGACUCUUCCUCCUUGCACUGAUUCAGCCCUCUCUUCAAGGAGGUGUGUACGUACCGCCAGGUGCUGGAAUUGGACAAGGAGGAACUGGGCCAGGAACUGGAUUCUAUCCAGGGGCUGCUGGAGGAGUCCAUGCGGGCUAUAAACCAGCUAAAGCUGCAGGAGGCUAUGGAGGCGGUGGGCCAGGUGGCCUAGGCAUCGGUGGACUGGGACUAGGUGGACUGGGUGCAGGACAAGGUGGAAAGCCUCCUAAGCCAGGUUAUGGCAAUCUAGGAGCUGGAGGUCUUGGACGGGGUGGCCUGGGAGGUGGUGGCCAUGGAGGAGGUGGUUAUGGAGGAUAUGGAGGAGGAGGCACGGGGGGCUUCUUCCCAGGGGGUGUUGGACAGAAGGCUGCAAAAAGAGGUGCAGGAGGUGGUCUGCUGCCACACGGAGGGACUGGGGGAACUGUGCUUGGAGCUGGAGGAGUUCCUGGAGGCACAGGGACUGGAGCUGCAGUGCCUGCUGGAGCACCUGUUAUUCCUCAGACUGGCCUUCCCGGAGGGGGUGGUUUUGGAGCUGGAAAGAAAGCAGCCAAAGUGCCAGGCGUGGGUGUGCCUGGACUUUACCAAGGUGGACUGGUCCCCGGACAAGGAUUCGGUGGACGCGGUGUUCUCCCUGGGGUGGCCACUGGCAGCAACAUGAAUCCCAAAUCCAUUGGAGGGGGAGGAGCUGGUGGUCAAGGACCAGGUGGACGUGGCUAUGGUGGACCCAUGCAGCCUGGAGUGUUCCAUGGAUACCCGCUCACAUCCCCAAAAGUGCAAGGUGGCUAUGGAGCAAAACCUGGUGGAGGCAAAUUACCUUAUGGUUAUGGCUUUGGUAAUGCUGGGGCUGGACUUCCAGGAGGACAAGGUGGUCCCGGGUCAAGGCCUGGUUAUCCAUUUGGAACUGGGGUGGGACCUGGGGGGAUCUCCCCCGCUCAGGCUAAAGCUGCCAAAUAUGGUUUGGGUGGUGCUGGAGGUGUGCCAGGUGCUGGAGGUGUGCCAGGGGCUGGAGGUGUGCCAGGCUUUGGAGGUGUUGGUGGCACUGGAGGACUGUAUCCAGGGCUUGUGCCAGGAGCAGGAUACGAUGCUAGGUCCAAGGCAGCUAAAUAUGGGGUACCAGGAGGGGUACCUGGAGGGGUACCAGGAGGGGUACCAGGAGGGGUACCAGGAGGGGUACCAGGAGGGGUACCUGGAGGGGUACCAGGAGGGGUACCAGGAGGGGUUCCAGGGGGGGUACCAGGAUUUCCAUGGUUUGGUGGUAAUUUACCAGCCUCCAAAGCUGCUAAAUAUGGACUAGGAGGCGCAGGAGGACAAUUGGGAACCGGAGGACUAGGAGGUGCAGGAGGACAACUAGGAACAGGAGGACAGGGAGGUGCAGGGGGACAAUAUGGAACUGGAGGUGCAGGAGGAGGUUAUUCUGCUGCUGCAAAAGCUGCUAAAUAUGGAAUUGGGGGACUUGGAGGAGCAGGAGGACAAUUAGGAACUGGAGGAGUGGGAGGCGCAGGAGGACAAUAUGGAGCAGGAGGACAAUUAGGAGCUGGAGGACUGGGAGGCGCAGGAGGACAAUAUGGAGCAGGAGGACAAUUAGGAGCUGGAGGCGUAGGAGGAGGUUAUUCUGCUGCUGCCAAAGCUGCUAAAUAUGGAGUCGGGGGACUUGGAGGCGCAGGAGGACAGUUAGGAGCUGGAGGACUGGGAGGCACAGGAGGACAAUUAGGAGCUGGAGGACAAUAUGGAACUGGAGGACUGGGAGGUGCAGGAGGACAGUUAGGAGCUGGAGGUGGAGGUGGAGGUUAUUCUGCUGCUGCCAAGGCUGCCAAAUAUGGAGUCGGAGGAUUGGGAGGCGCAGGAGGACAGUUAGGAACUGGAGGACUGGGGGGUGCAGGGGGACAAUAUGGAACUGCAGGACUGGGAGGUGCAGGAGGACAAUAUGGAACUGGAGGACUGGGAGGUGCAGGGGGACAAUAUGGAACUGGAGGACUGGGAGGUGCAGGAGGAGGUUAUUCUGCUGCUGCUAAAGCGGCUAAAUAUGGUGUGGGGGGACUGGGAGGCACAGGAGGAACGGGACUCGGGGGCACAGGACUGGGUGGAGCAGGAGGAUUUGGAGGUGGAGGAUACUCUGCUGCUGCUAAAGCUGCUAAAUAUGGUCAAGGUGGUGCAGGGGCAGUCCCAGGUGGUGGAGGAGGAACUCCUGGAAGAGUCCCAUUUUUACCAGGAUAUGGAUCUUUGGCAGCUGGAGCUAAACCUCCUAAAUAUGGAGUACCAGGAGCAGGCCUAGGAGGAGCUGGAGUUCCAGGGGGACUAGGGCAGGUACCUCCAGGUGGUGUUGGUGGCUAUGGCGGUUAUGGAGCUGGUGCUGGUGUCAAACCUCCUAAAUAUGGAGUUCCAGGAGGAGCUGGAGUAGGUUUAGGAACUGGAGGACUAGGAGGGGCAGGGGGAGUUGGAGGGACAGGAGGAUUCGGAGGACUUGGUACUGGUAUUGCCCCUGGAGGUGGACAAUACUCUGCUGCUGCCAAAGCUGCCAAAUAUGGAGUUGCAGGAGGAGCUGGAGUAGGGUUAGGAGGUAGAGGACUAGGAGGGGCAGGAGUAUAUCCUGGUGUAGGCCCUGGAGGUGGACAAUACUCUGCUGCUGCAAAAGCUGCCAAAUAUGGAGUUUCAGGAGGAGCUGGAGUUGGUGUAGGAACUGGAGGACUUGGAGGGGCAGGAGUAUAUCCUGGUGUAGGCCCUGGAGGUGGACAAUACUCUGCUGCUGCAAAAGCUGCCAAAUAUGGAGGCGUCACUGGAGGAGGACUUGCUGUACCAGGAGCUACUGUAGAUUCAACUGUGGGUGGUGUUCCAAAUGGUUCUGCUGUUGUGGGGGGCACAGGUGUUCCUGUAAAGCCAGAAAAGGACACAGGUUUUGCUGCGACUGUUCGACCAGUGCCCACGUCUAUUUCUGCAACUGGCAAGGCCCCAGAGGUCCCACAGCCCAGCGUUGCCGGUGGAAUCAUUCAGCCUAGUGCGGGCACCAGUGUUGGUGGAGCAGGUGUUGCACCCUCAGGUGUUGGUACAACAGGACAAGGUCAGCCUGUUGCACCGGGAGUCCAACAACCAGGAGUUGGUGUUGGUGUUGGUGUUGGCACUGGAGGCAAAGCACCUAAACCAUUCUUACCAGGUACCGGAGUAGGUGUUGGCCCCGGCGGAGCUGGAUAUCCAUAUCCAUAUGGUCCUUAUGGUGGUGUUGGUGUUGGUACAGGAGUUGGAACUGGAACUGGAGCUCUGCCUGCAGCAAAGCCUCUGAAACCACCAGUGCCUGGAGCAGGAGGGGCAGGAAUCCCACUGUCAGCAGGAGGUUAUUACGGUGGGUUGUAUCCUGCUGGGGUUGGACUGGGAGGUGCUGGUGCUGGUGGUGGAGCCAAACCACCCAAACCAGGCUAUGGCAAUCUUGGAGGUGGUGGCGGAUAUCAGCCAGGUGUGGGUUCAGUGGUACCUGGCUAUGGAGGAGGUUACCCCCAACAGUUCUAUCCAGGUGCAGGUGGAUACGUACCAGCCCCACUGACUCCUCAACAAGCCAAAGCAGCAAAGUACGGUCCACUGCAAGGUUUCCUUGGUGCAGGAGGAGGAGGAGGGGCCUACAGAGGUGGAGCUGCAGGAUGCCUGGGCAAAUUCUGUGGGAGGAGGAAGUAGAGGAUCUCUUGAGAUCCAGAGUGACCUCAAGAAACCAUGGUGCUACUGCAUGAUCAAGAAUGUACAUUUUAUAUGCAAACAAACCCCAUUAGAAAUCAUGUAAAGAUGUUUUUUUAAUUACUUGACUUUUAAAGGUCUGUUUUUAUACAAAACCCACCGACCCUGAAUUUUGUACACGUUCUAAUGUGACGUAUGUUAUUGAUAGUGCCUUUAGUCAUUAAGCUUUAUCUGCACCAGUCUAGUUACAAUACAAAGAGUGUGUUUGUGUCACUGUGUGUGUGUGUGUGUGUGUGUGUGUGUGUGUGUGUGUGUGUGUGUGUGUGUGUGUGUGUGUGUGUGUGUGUGUGUGUGUGUGUGUGUGUGUGUGUGUGUUUAAUUGUACUGUUGUGCUAAAGACUGUCUGAACCAUCACCAAUGUGACCAAUGAAUGAUCUCCCUCCUGAUUUUAAUCCUGAAGCUGGGUGACCUGUCAUCAGUGUCAGAGCCCACACUGUCUCACCUCGACAUGUCAGAGGGGUCGGGUUGGUCAAGGCUCGUCCAAAAAUGAUAAAUCCCAGCUUCAUUUCUGGCUUCCCGUCUUCUCUGCUGCUAUUUUUAGACCUGCUGGGUAUAAAGCAGCGGGAAUCGGGGCUCAGGCCAGCCCAUCUGCUCUCAGUAACUUUGCCGAUUCUCGUUGCUAUGCAGUUCAGUUUUCUCAGCAUUUCUCGCGUUUCCAAACUUGUGAUGUAUGAAGAGCAGUUUUUGCUUUGAGCUGACCGAUAUGCUGAAGACACGCAAGAAUGGCUUGUUCAUCAAAGAAUGUUUUAAUACCACAGGAAAAACAGUGUUGCCAUUUAAUUCCAAAGUUUAAUUCAGAUACUACUCUGUAAUGUAUAUUAUGUUUGUAUGAAUGUGUAAUUGUGUGUCACUGUCCCAACAUCCAUGAUGGAGUGAUUUAGUCUGCUUCUAUUGUUUAGUCCUUUGCAGCAGUAGUUAUAUACAUUUAUGUAACUGAUGUACCUUUUUGCACCAAGCUUUGGCUCAUAGCUCUGUUAUCAGGAAUGUGUGACCAUAAAAGAAAAGCUUUUGCAUUUAUUAUCUGUUUAAAGUUGUUAUAUAAACAGGACUUUGUUAAAUGGGUGUGCUUAUAAGAGGCGUAAGCUCCCAUUGUUUUUCUUUACUUGAGCUGCUUUUAAGAAAGGCUUACUGACCAAAGGUUCAUGAGCGCUGUUGCAAACUCUUACUUCUGUAUUGUGUACUGUAUUUUGUACUAAUUUGAUGUAAGCUGGCCUCAGUUUCUUCACUCGGUGCUGUGUAAGAACUGUGUUUGAGCCUUGCUCAACUUAUGUGCCGUGGGAUACUCUUCAUCUUUAUUUAAACUGUUGUUAGAAGGAGGAACAGUGUGGUUUGCACUUUUUAUAUUUCCACGACACAGAUGUGACUUGUUCCCGGAUAUCCUGGCAUUUUAUUUUCUUCUUUAAAUAACAAAAUAAAAUGUGUUAAAAGAU